GUUCUGGACUCAAGUGGAAGGGCUCGUAGGACAUAGGACCAAUAAGGACACUAAACUGCCCACACCGGUUGAACGUCAUUGGUUGGCCUAGUGCGAAGAUUCGUAUAAGUCGUAUUCGGAUUGGUAGAUAAGUCGUGUGAUCGAAAAGUCAGACAUCCAAGGUCAUAACAAUUGGCGACGGGGAUUUUGACAAAAACAAAAUAAUUGGGAGACGCUAGGUCAUAACAGUCACCCUAAUGACGACUCGAUUGGGGAUCGAACUCAUGACCUUCAGGUCUUGCAACGAUUGCUUAGUUUUUAAACUAUUUAAGAAGCAGCCGCUGGUUUGAUUUUUUAACCUUGUUCAGUUCACAAUACUGCUCAACCAAUUUCCAAUGUCAUCGGUAAGUAACUGCUUCACACUUGACUUGGUUUCAAUUCAUUGGUCAUGGCUUCUAACCAGAAUUCCGGAAAUCGCCUCUCGAAAUUAGUCUACGGGACAAAAUUGCUGUGUGGUGCUUUCUGGUUUUGUAUGUGUUGUUCGACGAAGGUCAGUCCUCAAUUUUAAACUACAAAUAGAACACUAAUCACCCUAUAAUCAUUUUUUCAGUGUUCAUAGAUUUUUUUAAAUUUCUGUACCUGACAUCCACUAAGUGUUAAAAAUAAUCCAAAAUAGUGUAUUGAAAUUUUUGUAUUAUAAUCAAGUAUCGACUCCAGUGUUCUUUGGAGUUGUUAGUAUUAUGUUCAAGUAUAGGAAGUUAAGCACACCGUAAUCAUAUGGUUUUCUUACUUAUUAAAUUUUUACAAGUUAUUAUCAUCUGACCAGCUAAUUGUCUUUAAAUACUUAUCACAUUAAUUCUAUCUGACAUACGCAUAUAUAUAUAUAUAUAUAUAUAUAUAUAUAUAUAUAUAUAUAUAUAUAUAUAUGAUCCAGGUCAUCAUUAGUAAAUUGUAUCCAAUUAGUACUAUCUCGAUUAUUCAUUGCUUGUCGUUCGAAGUUGAAUAUAUCUGAAAUACGAUACUGAGACACUCGUUCCCUUAAUUCCUACCACAUUGGUCAAGUCGAUUGGAGUGUGGUCAGACUGAAAGCGCCAAAGUUAUUGAUCAGAAGACCAAAUCAUACUGUUAGCUACUGAGGUAUAACCGACAAAAUGCUUGGCUCGGACAAGCGUUCGCGGCACUUUACUUACUACAAUGGAAAAACCGGUUUAGCAAAGGUGUGCUUUGAGAAUAGAACAUCUCACCUUGCUCCGCGGAUAUUCGCCGACGGCAUCAAGGCCUUAAAUUUUGGAGCUAGCACAUCUGAAACUACUUACAUAAAUUCAGUGCGUAACCGGCCUCAGACACUUUCUUGGGCAGUGCAGUCACAUAAGCAGGUUAUCAAGACCACCUUAAACCCCGUUUCAGUUUUUGUUACCUCAAAAAUCAGUACCCUCCCACGGUAUGGGCGACCAGAGAGUUAUCACUGCCUUCAUUAUUCCUAACAUCAAUUAACCAUUAGACCUAGGUGUUUUAAGUAUCAUACACUCGAAAUACGUAGUCGUUCCUUAUUUAAUACAAGUAUUUUACACGUUAAAAUUCGAAUAAUCAAAAACUAUUUUCAAUUAUUGCUGAUUAGUCGUAACCAGUACAUUUUGAUUUUGCUGCACUUUUUAUCAAUCGUUUGCACUUUGCUUAAGUGAAUAAUCACUGAAAAUUCACUGUUAACGAUAAUGAUUUUAAAAUUCUCAUAACUAACGAUUGGAAAUAGCAUGAUUUGUAUGAUAAAUCACUGAAUAGACCACUGUAGAUGACCAAACGGAAAUCAAAUUAAAUUUCAUGUGAAUGACCUUAAUCAUGAAAAACUUUCACGUUAAGAAUAGUCAGUUGGAAUAUGUUAUGGCAUUGCUUUUUUUCAAGAAGUGAUAUUUUUAAAAAAGCUGCUUCAGUACAUUAAUCUUUCCUAACGUUCAUUCUUGAAUCUAUUGAGUUUAUCUUUUUUCAACAUCAGUUCAGUACCAAGUCGAUGAUAGAAUGGAACCUUUUUCACUAGGGUUAACGAAUGCUAAACUUAUAUUACCAAAAGAAGUAGGAGUAAAUCUUUUGAAAGUCAUAAAUAUUUCUACCUGAGGUUAUCUGCAACAUCUUCAAUGUUCAACAAGCGUGUCGUCUGUCACUAUCCUUUUCCGGCGAUGUAUUCGUAUUUAGUUUGACGUAGUGAUUGGGUGUUUCUAGUCAAAUUACAGUGAUUGUAUCGCUUCAUUUUUGAAUUCUCACUACAUCAUACAAGGUUAUUUUUGAAAAGGCGAAACAAAAUGAGGCAAAUUUCAGAUCUAAGGAGAGUAGGCUAAAACCUUCACCAUUUGUUUUGCCAAUAUCUAAAAAUUUAAUUGCAAUAACAAAUGAAUUCUAAGAAAGUCAUUGUGAUUGAAUUCGAAUACUUUUAUUAGGCGAAAACGAAUUAAAUGUAGAUUUAUAAAAUAUGUAGGUAAUCACUGUGAACAGUAAUGACGGUCAACAAAAGCCAAGCAUAGCAAUGAUAGAUAACAGUAAAAUAGUUGUUCAACAUUACCGAAAAAUGGUCUUGAGUUAAAAAAGCCAGCAACUUAUCCGAUUCGAAUAAUGUUAUCUCAUUACUAGAUAGUUCACAUUGUCAUCAAGUUUGGUGAUGUGAAAUAAUAUGUUGGUAGUUGUGGUCAAGCUUGUUCAGUAUCUCAUGUGUCGUAGGUGUAUAUACUCUGUGUCUUCCCUUAAACUAUGAGAUUAAAAUUGCUUUAUAUCUUUCUUUCUACCAACUAAUUCUUUCUGUACUAUAUCCUUAUAUGCAAUCUUUUAUGUAUUACCACCAUUGAAUUAACUACUAUGAAUUUAGUGUUCACCUUGUUGUGCUAAUGAAGUAUGGCAACUUAGAUCGAUGUAUAUAUGUACCUUGUCCUACGUUGUAGCCGACUGACUGACUGUGGUAUUAAUACGGAACCUAGAAGUUUUGAUUUAAUCAUUCUUGCUACCGACCCGCUUAAAUUGUCUUCCUAGCUAGUUCUGAUAUCCCCAACUACAUCUGUACGUCAACUGAAAUGCUACAGAAAAGGCGCGAAAUACGAAUAAAAGCUUUACUCCAAGGUUAGUUUAUGUGCAGAAAAAUGAGGGUGUUUACAGUGUCACGCCUGUCCUUAGAUUUCUGGAACCAUACUAAAAACAGUAGCAGUACAGGUAGAUAUCCAAUCACAACCGUGACACGUGGUUCUGCAUUUACUGGAUGUUUCUGUGAUGAUUAUACUCAACGCUGAUUGGAUAAAAGGCCUUCUAGGUUUUCUGGGCCUCUAAGAACUUUGAUGGGGGAUAUUUUUGGGACUCUUCCAACAUGAUUACACUUCUCAAAGAAGUCAUUUGUAUUUAGGCAAUGAUCUUAAACUAUGGUUUAAAUUCGUUUCAUUUUCUCUCAUAUCCAUUAGAUAGUGAUGAUCAUACAACCGUGGAGAAUGAAUCAGAAAUUUCAAAUGAUGAAUUCAUCACAAAAUACUGUAAUAAUGAUACUACUAUUACUAGUACCAGAAGUGAUUCGCAAUGCAGUAGUAGAUCUUUCAAUCAAAACAAUAGCAUUGAAAAGAAAAUCCGCCGUAAUAGUGAUAGUAGUAGUAGUAAUAAUAAUGAUAAUGAGAAAUCAAAUCACGAAAGCAAGUCUAGAAGAAAACAUAGUUACAGAAAACCAUUGAAUAAAAGCAAACACUUGAGGAAGUUAAGUUGUAACAAGAAAGAAAACUUGUCGGAUAGUCUUAAACCGGACAAUAUAAAAGUCGAAUGUUCAUCUACUCUACCGGUAAGCAGUCUCAUUUGUAUUAUUUUAAAUAUGGUGAGCAUGUUAAAGUCCUAGAGUUGACAGCAAUUAGCGUUACAAGUUAGUAAACUAUGUACAUAUGUAUGCGCUAACUAAUUCGUCACUUACUUGGAAGUGACAGACGUGAUUGUUAUGAUCUUUGAGUUCUUUGAGAAUUCACAGUCGUGACCAGAAUGUAAAAGUAUUUUGAGUUCUUAGAUAAUAACAUCGGAUCAAACGAAAAUCUAUGACGACUAUAUAUACAUAUGCCGCUCGUAAUCUGACCAAACUCUGGAAAAUGUAUUAGGACAAUACAAAGUGUAGAAUAAUACCUCGAAGUAAAGAAAAAUGCUCAAGGUAGCACUCAGCUUUAUAAAUCAAACAAUUUUAUGACUGUUUAAUAUAAAAUAAAUUAUAUAAACCUUGCAGCUGUCUCCAAUUAUUAUUAUUUUGUGCUUUUCAUUUUUCAAUCCCUUUUUUCGAAUCAUUAGCAAACUAAAGCUUGUCAUAUUCGACCAUCUGUGCACAGUGAGAUAAAAAUUACCAAGACCAAUUUCUAAGUAGCAGAAAUAGUAUCCGUAUCAGUUUGUGAAACAACAUAGUAUAAGUAUUUUAAAACUAAGGGUCUCCCUCCUUCUAGUCAAAAAAGUUGGUGAAGCCUAGUGGGCCCUUCUGGAGAGAAACAGGCCACAUCAAAGCACAGCACAACUACCAGGGCUAGAAUAGUUGUUUCUGCAAUCCUUUGGAGUUUGCCCAAUGACGAGCAACUCCAUAUGAUAGAUGCACCACUUUCGAGAAACUUUUUUGUCGUUUUCCAUUCCAAAUGUAGUUGUGCUAUGUUUAUCUGUGGAGUUCGUAAUCAGUUGAUGGGUAUAGGUAAGAGUGGGUGAUUAGCCCGAUCUCCACCACCCGGGUUACCGCUCACGUUAGUUCAUGAGUCAUUCGUCUCAUUAUCCAGGAGGCACGACGCGGACGUGUGAGUCGGAUUUUGCCGAAGGGAAAACAAUGAAUGAGUGGAUCUGAAUCCCUGCGACCGAUUCAGGGUUAUAUCACUUAGCUUAUCCAACUACUGGUUGUGAUAGUCCUGCGGACCCUAACCAUAUAGUCUGCAGCUACCUACACUGCUCAUUUCAACAGUUAGUGACUUCAUGGACCGACGUCACAUCUUGGUUUGGUCGCUCCCUAACUUUCUUACAACUUACUCCUGGAUCAGUUAACAUUCCACCUGGUUAGGCCUACGUAACAGAUGUUCAAAAUGCCUCAUUAGACAAAGAUUCACAAUCUCAUUAGCUAACCAGCACCCUUUGUUUAACCUUAGUAUUGCUUACCCGACAUUCACAAUGCAAUUCAAAUAAUAGUACCCUACCAUUACUGUCCAUUUUUAAAGACCAUGUUUCACAAACAUGCGAACUAUGAUUUCGAAUCAUAUAGAAACUCUUUUGUAAUUUAUCCUACUAGACUGUCGAAAGCUUAUAAAAUAUAUCAGUUACUUUAUCAUUGUAAAUAUCUUGUUAUUAAAAGGUUUUAUUCUCAAUAUAAUUUCGUUGUCACGUAAAAUAUAUACAUAUAUCAUAUCUGAAGAUAUGGAUUUUUGUUUUAACAGUCAUGUUGUUAUUGUAUAUUCUAAUCAAUAUAUUCAACGCGAGAAAAAAAGAAAGUGAAAAUACUACAUAUAUCCGUAAGGUGUGUAUUUCAAAAUGAAUUAGAAAUCGCGUGAUAUUCUUCUUUUCACAAGGUACAUAGUGUUAGCACGUGAUUGUUUAGUGAUAUUGAGAUCACGAAUCAAUCUUAGUUAAGCAAUCAUUGAAAACCUGGAAGCGCUAAACAGCUAAGUAAUAAAUUUGUUUAUAAAAAUUUACACUAAAAGUGCCUCCUUCACGUGGAUUUGUCCAUCAUAUCUGAUUGCCUGAACUAUACAUGGAUCAUUCAGUAUGUUGAGAUUAUUCUUAUACAAAGCAUUUGUUCGAUUAGCAAUAUAACUUUACUUAGUUGGACCAAUGUCAAAUUCUUACAACCUAAGAUCGUUACCUAAGCUGGCUCAGAUUGAAUGUCUUAUUUGUUUGUCUUUUUUAAGUCAAUGGUAAUAUCAACAUAUUAGGCUUACUGAUAAGAGGACUUUAAAACAACCGUGACUAAUUUUAGCCAGCUAUUGGUCAGUAAAAAAGCAGUUAUUCUAAAUCAGUACUUCAUGGAAGCAAACCAAUCACAUUACACAAUACAAACAUAUCUUACAUAGUGAAUCCACUGAAAUCUUCUAUACCUUUUUUCUGUAAAUUGAAAAACAAUGACACCUAACACUGCUCUUAUGGAUAUAAAAGAUCCGUCAUCUCGAACCGUUGUAAGGCAAAUAGAUUCUUAUAAGUCUGUUCUUGUUUAUAGAUUUGGCGUUUUAUAUUUAAAAUUAGGAUCCAGGAGUAUUGCUGAUUUGUGUUGUAUAUCCAAUCUGGGUUUAGUAUUUUACUCUAUCAUGGCUAAUAAAUAAUUCUCCAUGAUCAUUUUGAAUGUCCCAAGCAAUCUACAAAGGUAUUUCUACUGUUCAUAUAAUAUAACGUGAAUUGAACACCACUUGUUUUUAGAUUUCACUUCAAAGUUAUUUUCUCAAUUCUUAUUGGCUCGUUUCUAUACUGUACUUUUAAUGCCUUUUUCUACGUUUUUACUUUAAAUUAUUAUAAAAUCAUUAAUUCAUUGUUUAAGAUAAUUUAGUUUAAUGGAGUAAUAGGAAUAAUAACUUUAGGUUUAACAGCUGAAUGGCAACCUGUUAAAACAAUAUAUCAAUCAGUUGUGCUGAUCUUAUUUCUGAUUUGUGUUGAUUGUCAUGUAACUGACAACAGUAUUUAGGUAAAGUUAACGUUUUUAUUUCUGUAUAAAAAAAUAUUUUCUAUGAUUAUAUGUAUAUAUUUGUCAGAACACAUUUGGAUUUCAUUCUACUAUUGUGAUCAUUUCUACUUAAGCGUAGGAUUUUUACUUUAUAUGGUUUGAUCUUAUUAGUCAGUCUUAAGCAACAUAGAAAAUUUUCUGUUCUAUUCUAUGUGCAUUAACUGAUCACUGAGUAAGUCAUCAAUGUCAUGUUUGCCUUAUCCUUUAGUGCUGAUCCUAUUCCAUUAAUCAAAUAGCAGUGUGGUUACUAAUAUGUGUUUCGAGAUCAUGUGCAUUAUAUUGAGUUGUUCUUAAAUAGUUGAGAAGAUACCUUGGAACUUGGCUUCUUGCUUUAUGUCACUUGUCAACAAGCAGUAUCUAACGUCUUGUGUGAACUAAUACUCUCUAUGUUGUUAUUUUUGUAACUCAUGUUAGAAAAUUUGUAUCUAACUUAUGCUCCUAGUGAAAGUAAAAUAUACUGGCUGCCUUGAAUUAGCCCAUCAGAGUUAGGAUAGCGCCUCGUAUUUUGCUCAAAGUUUGAAAUGCAGUGAUGAGUAACGCGUAUGUUAUUAUUCACCAGGUAUAAAUCGACAGUACUUGAUCCUUAAAGUGCUUGAAAUCAAUGUAAUUAUCUAUUAUCCAACCAAAAAGUGGAUUUUAGAUAGUGUUUAGGCUAAAUUACAUAACCUGCCUGCUCUUAAAGCACGUGUUGUUCACCGCGUAAUCGAGAGUGUUGAAUGAGGCUAGAUAAUCUCCUGCCUUCCUUACUCUCAAUCUAAACUGCAACCCUAAGUUUCUGAAGUUUGUAAACAGGAAGGUGACAAGGCUUUAAACUAUUACUGAUGUCAGUUCUUGUUGCAAACCUAACUCAAAGCUGCAGUUUAACUCUUUAUACCUAACCUUAACCGCACCGCAUCAUAACUGAUGUCAGUGGGUGACUGAAACUUUACGAUAUAGUCCUAACUCAACGCUAGUCCAACACCGAAUAUGAACGUAUAUACGUAAAAUUGACCUUUAUUCUUUGAUACGAGCGAUAAUUUAACUUGUGAAGAUUAACUGUCACGAUCAAAGCUGUUACUCCACUGUUAUUUCAUUACUUUAUUUUGUUAACUGUUUUAUAACUAGGCAGCGUUUCCCAAAUGGCUAAUUAGUCGCCAAAAGUUUUCCAGUAUAUUAUGCCUUUACCACGUUUCCCUUAAAAGAGAAUGCCAUUUCAAAUGGAACGUGUUGAAGUUUGUAAUCCUGCUUUUUAAUAUUUUAGACAGAAGACCAAAAUCCAACAAAUGUCUUGUCAGAUUUUGAAGAAAUGACAUCUGGUUUAUCAUCAGUUGUGAUACUUGCAGAUGAAAUGGAAAAUGAUGAAAUGACAACUGCAAAAGCAUUUACAACAGAUAAAUCAACCGUCCAUUCUUCUGAAAGGUCUACUAUUGAAUAUAAGGCAUCAAUUCCUGAUGAUGAAGCUUGGAGUGAUUCCGAAAAUGAACGUAAAAAUUACUCACUGGAUAAAACCAAUAAGAAGUCCACUGAAACUAAUAAUAAUAAAGACGAGGCCGUCACAAUUAAGAAUUCUGAGCUACAGUUAACUGAUGAGAUUGAUGAUUGGGAGAAUUGGUCAUAAAAAUAUAAUUAAUCCCAUAAUUAUUACAUUGCUUGUUAGUUGCAGUGAUUCAUACUAUUAUUAACUAAUUUUGUUGUUUCUUUUUAUUGUAAACUGACAUUAAUCUGUGUGAUAGAUAACAAUAAUGACUAUAGUAAUUAAUUAAAAAGCCAAUAAAAUAAUGUGAAGAGUCCGUUCUUUAUCACAAGAAAACUGACAACAAAAUAGCCUAAAACGACCCAUUAUUUUUAUGAAGCAUGGGUACAACUCUGUAAUAGAUGAUGAUAAUGAUGUUUACGCUUACUAUAUUUUAUAGAAAUCUUGUUUAUUUUUUCGAUUGUACUUUUCUAUAUCUAACCAUAUGAAUGAUGACUUUUUUUAUUUCUCAAACUUUGUCGUCUGCCAAAAGUUAUUGAUUUUGAAUUUAUUUUAUUAUUUUAGUGGUUGUAGUAAAUUGUCACUUUAUCGAGCUAUUACACCGUCAUCAACAUAGUACUUAGAUGUCAUGAUUUUAUCCUUUGAGAAAUCUAUUUCAUCGAUCAAUUCUUUUUUUUCCAAAAAUAAAUUCUUUCUUACAAGCGAUUGAAAAUUAUUACAAAGAACAAUUGUUUGUUAAAUAGAAGUGUGGUUGGUCGGUUGAUGCACUGUCAACUAUAUAUAUAUAUCGCCUUGCACAGUGUUGCACGUGGAUGUAGCGAUCACUUCUAUUAUAUGAAUAAAUUCAACAAUACACAGACAUUUACACUAAUAUUUUUCGACAGUAAAAUUGUUCAGAAAGGAAAAAUAGUUUAAAGGAAUAAAAUUGUGUU